AUGCAUUUCCUUCUGAGUAAAAAAAUCGCACGGUUUCUAUUAAUUUCGUUUGUUUUCGUACUGGCUCUAAUGGUCACGUUGAAUCAUCCGACUGCAAGGAAGAUGUCAGAAGAAUACCUUACGCCAUACCUUCCGAAUGCCCUGCAGCCUAUUGCCAAAAUCAGUGCAGAGGAACAAAGACGUAUAAAAUAUGCACAAGAAGAAGCCGAAUUGAAACAGUCCUUGGAGGAAGAUGCCAUCAGAAAUGCAACCAACAAUGCCAUCAAGGAAAAGAUCAAAUCUUUCGGUGGUAAUGAAACGACACUAGGUUACAUGGUACCAUCGUAUGCCAAUCACGGAGGAUCUCCACCAAAGGCAUGUUUUGUCUCAUUAAUUACUGAACGGGAUUCCAUGACCCAAAUCUUGCAAUCUAUUGAUGAGGUGCAAGUUAAAUUCAACAAGAAUUUUGCUUACCCAUGGGUUUUCCUCAGUCAAGGAGAGCUUGAUGAAACGAAAAAGGAAAUGAUUAAACAAGCCAUGACCGAUUCUAUGAAUGGAAAUCCCGAAGUAGUCGAUAUUACAUUUGCUGAAAUUCCUGAGGCCGAAUGGAAAUACCCGGAAUGGAUUGAAGAAAAUAAAGCGGCUGAUUCAUUAAUUGCCCUAGCAAAUAUCCCUGACGGUGAUUCUAGAGCCGUCAGAUAUCAAGCUAGAUAUUUAGCAGGGUUUUUUUGGAGACAUCCCGCCCUGGAUGAGUUCGAUUGGUAUUGGAGAGUGGAUCCCGGUAUUGAGUUGUACUGUGAUAUCGAUUAUGACCUUUUCCGAUGGAUGCAAGAUAAGAACAAAGUUUUCGGGUUCACAUUGAGUAUGAGUGAGGCGAAGGAGGCUAAUGAGAAAAUUUGGGACGUUACUAAAAAAUUUGGUAAGGAUUUCCCCAAGCUCAUUGCAAAGGAUAACUUUAAGGCAUUUGUUACGAAAAAGGAUUCUGAAGAUUUCAACAACUGUGAAUUCAUAUCGAAUUUCGAAAUCGGUAAUUUGAACUUUUAUAGAUCACCGGCUUACAGGAAAUUUUUUGAGUACAUCGACAAAGAAGGUGGUAUAUUUUACUGGAAAUGGAGUGAUUCUAUUAUCCAUACGAUUGGGUUAUCUAUGUUGUUGCCCAAGGAUAAAAUACAUUUCUUUGAAAAUGUAGGAUUCCAUUAUGAAAAGUAUGAUAGCUGUCCCUUAAACGACGACAUAUGGAAUCAAUAUAAUUGUGACUGCGACCAAGGAAAUGACUUCACAUUUAGAAGUACGUCGUGUGGUGAACACUACUUCGAUAUUGUAAAGAAGGAUAAACCAGAAGGUUGGAAUAGAUUACCAUAA